CCGAGCCACCAACCUUCUCGUCCUCGCACUUACACUCCAAGAAUGGACGAUGCGACGUUGUCUUCAUCGUCCUUGUCGAAUGUCAACAACAGUAUCAAUAGCGGCAGCAGCAAUGGGCAAGCUCGACCACCGCCUCACUACCUGACCUCUCUAGCAUCAGGCGCCUUGGCUGGUCUGAGCGUCGACCUCUCCCUCUACCCUCUCGACACGCUAAAGACUCGCCUCCAGUCGUCUAAGGGGUUCUGGGCGUCGGGAGGAUUCAAGGGCGUAUACCAAGGGAUCUCAAGCGUAGCAGCUGGCAGUGCGCCAGGAGCGGCCAUCUUCUUUGUCACUUAUGAGAGCCUCAAGAAGGAGCUCCUUGGUACAGAGUCGCUGAGCUCAGGUGCUGCACACAUGAUGGCGGCCAGCGCAGGAGAGGUGGCGGCUUGCCUUGUCAGAGUGCCCACAGAGGUAGUCAAGAGUCGAUUUCAGGCUGGAGUGUACGGCAAGGACAUCAAUGUAGCCAGCGCGAUUUCCAAGAUCCUAGCCAGGGAGGGCCCGAGAGGUUUGUGGAAGGGUUACGGUACGACGGUAGCACGAGAGAUUCCCUUCACCUGCAUCCAAUUCCCCCUCUAUGAGCGCCUUAAGCUCGUCCUUCUCGAACGAUAUCGCAUCUCGAACCCAGAUGCCACCUCCCUCCCACCCUAUCAAGCCGCUCUCGUCGGUUCCUUCUCAGGAGCCAUUGCAGCAGGCACUACGACGCCUCUUGACGUUGUCAAGACGAGAUUGAUGCUUGCUGAGAGAAGUAGAGAGCAAGGAGGACAGCCAGUCAAGGGAGUCGUGGCGGGUGGGCCACCUCGAGCUAGACCUGGGGUCAAUCAGCGUUUCCUACCGACGCUGCUGCACGUUUGGGAGACAGACGGGAUCAAGGGCCUUUAUCGCGGAGUGUUGCCCAGAAUCGUCUGGAUUGGCUUGGGUGGCGCAGUGUUUUUGGGAAGCUUUGAAGUUGGGGUGAGGGCGCUUGAGGGUGAGAGGAUAUGAUGAGCCAGCCAGCAUAGAGUAGACUACACGCAGCAUAUGCAAUGCUAAUACCGCCAGAAGAGAAUGGUACAAGAAUGAAGAAGGCUGUGGACUUGUUUCAUUGCGUUGCUGUUGCCUUGAUGAUCUUGACCUCUUCUCGUGGUCUAUCGUCGGCAUCAGUAGCUACGAGGCCCAUCCUCCUCACGACCUC